GCCGCGGGGAGGAGGAUGGGGGCGAAUCAGCUGGUGGUCCUCAACGUGUACGACAUGUACUGGAUGAAUGAAUACACCUCAUCCAUUGGAAUUGGAGUUUUCCAUUCAGGAAUAGAAGUGUAUGGUAGAGAAUUUGCUUAUGGUGGUCAUCCUUACCCUUUUUCUGGAAUAUUUGAAAUUUCCCCAGGAAAUGCUUCUGAACUAGGAGAAACAUUUAAAUUUAAAGAAGCUGUUGUUUUGGGAAGCACUGACUUCCUAGAAAAUGAUUUAGAAAAGAUUGUAGAAGAAUUGGGGAAAGAGUACAGAGGCAAUGCUUAUCAUUUGAUGCAUAAAAACUGCAAUCACUUUUCUUCAGCUUUAUCAGAGAUUCUUUGUGGGAAAGAGAUUCCUCGUUGGGUCAAUCGACUCGCCUACUUCAGCUCCUGUAUACCAUUCCUCCAAAGCUGCCUUCCCAAGGAGUGGCUCACUCCUGCAGCCCUUCAAUCUAGUGUCAGCCAGGAGCUCCAGGAUGAGCUGGAGGAAGCAGAGGAUGCAGCCGCAGCAGCCGUCAUGUCGAGUGCUUCAGCAAUGUCCAGACCUGGGCGCCACACUAAACUAUAGAUUUCUCCAAAGUAACACAUUCAGAACUAUGUCUGGCAGUUGAAUUUCACUAGAAAGCAGCAAGAAGAGAGCAAACUUCUUUUUGGACAUUCCUUUUGUAUGCAACAAUAGCUCUUCCCCAAAUCCCAAGUUUUUUCAGCUCAGGAUUAUAUUUGUAAUUUAAAAGAAUCACCUGACAAAAGAGGGAGGACUUUAUAUGAAGCCACCCUCUGUUUUUUUUACCCACUUGUAAAUUUGGAUUUACUUCUGUUUUAUACAAGAUCCUGUUGAGUUAUGUUUACAGUAUUUUAUAUUGCUGUUUACAAAUUUUACAUGGACUCCUGCCACCGUGAAAGAAGAAAACCUUAAUGUCUUCAUAAAUUAGGCAGGUAAACUUUCUACACUUCCAAUUGCUGCCAGAACUGUGGCAUAAACAACAGAAUACCAAGUACGUGAACAGGUACUUACACAGUUAUGGUCACCAUCACCUGCCUAAGAAUUGUGGUUUUCAAAAACAAAUAAACAAAAAAAAGCAUCAGCAUACAAGGAACCCAAGCAAGCUGUGCUUGAGAUGAAAGUACAUAUGUGUUAGUCAAGGGUCCUUUCUGGUGUUGGGAGGGUCAGGGUCAGGGGGAGGGUGGGAAGAACAGUUCCUGAGGAGUGGUUACAGCUCUCCUUUUCCCUUCCCUAGCUCCCAAGGUAGCACAUCUGCCAGGUUUCCAACAGCAGCUGCCUUCUACCACCCUUACUGUCUACCUGGUCACACUGUGUUCCAGGAAAGGGCUGUGCAUGCUUGGGACUUUGUCAAGUGUUCAUGACUCCAAGAAUUUUCUUUUAUAAGGAUUGAUUACUUGCCAGAAACUGCACAGGUGUGAUGAAAGCUCAAUUUUAUUUUAACACAUAGUCAUUUCUUAAACUCCAAACAUUUUUCUUUGUUUUUUUGUUGGUUUUUUUUUUUUCUUGAGCCUACAAAUUUGAAAUCCUGCCCACUUCAUAUUGUGCUUUAAAUGGAAGGUUGGGGAAUGCUUUGAGGGAUGUCCUGAAUGUCAGCAGUUUUAGUUUGCAAUCCAGAUUCAUAUAACUAUUUAGGCUGUUAAUUUAUUGAGUUUACAUGUCCAGAGAAGCAAAGCAUCCAUUGGACUUCAGUUAUUUUCAGGCUUUCUAUACCAUAUCAAGUAGGCAUGCUGUGACAUGGGGCAACCUAAACACAGAUCAGCUUGUCCAGCCCCUGUCAUGGCUGUGUUGCUGCCUUUGGUCAUUUACGAGUGAAUUAUGUGCACAACCAUUUCAUUUCACAAGUAAAUGGCCAUCGUAUUCUCAUAAACAUUUUUUGUUGACAGCAUAUUAAUGUAUUUUCAUUAGCUACCUUUAUUUUUUCUGCAACAUUCAAGCUGCAUUUGUUGGUCAUUUUAUAGUCUCUAAAGUAUCUAUGUAAAUCCAUCCACUUAAGAACCAAAUUGUGACAACAGAUAAUAAGCACGUGGUGUCAGAGAAAUGUGUAACCUACUGAAGGCCCCUGUGCCCAGGCAUCUGUAGUCCUAGUUUGGCCCUCUGUAAAAAUCAUUCUUUACAUGUAAUAUUAACUUUUUCUGCCUUAACAAUGAAUUCUUGCAAUAAAAUUGGAUGAAAUUUAUAAACAAUUCAAGGCAGUGACUUAAGCUUCAUAAGUAUUGUUGGUUUUUAAGUGGUUUACCUUUAUUUAAGCUGCUGCCCUGUGUUAAAUAAUACUCUUAUGUUGAGCUUACAUAUCUUUAAGUAAACUGCAUUUUUAAC